GGGCCGAUGGCGACGCCCGGCCCGGGGUGGGCGGGGGACGGCGGCUCCCAGCGUGCCCCGCGGCGGGCCCUGCCGGCCGCGACUCCGGGCUCGGCCCAGGCCCUAGCUCGUCGGCGGGCGUCCUGGGGCGCGCGUGGAGGCUGCAGUCACGGUGGCGCCCGCGGGGACGGAGGAGGGAAUGAGUGAGGAGGAGCAGGGCUCCGGCACUGUCGCGGGCUGCGGGCUGCCCAGUAUAGAGCAAAUGCUGGCCGCCAACCCGGGCAAGACCCCCAUCAGCCUGCUGCAGGAGUAUGGGACCAGAAUAGGGAAGACGCCCGUGUACGACCUGCUCAAAGCCGAGGGCCAAGCCCACCAGCCUAAUUUCACCUUUCGGGUCACCGUUGGCGACACCAGCUGCACUGGUCAGGGCCCCAGCAAGAAGGCAGCCAAGCACAGAGCGGCUGAGGUGGCCCUCAAACACCUCAAAGGGGGGAACAUGCUGGAGCCGCCCGUGGAGGACAGCAGUUCUCUCUCUCCCCUAGACUCCGCACUGCCUGAGGACGCUCCGGUCCUUACUGCAGCAGCCAUGACUGCUCCUGUUCCAUCCACUGGCCUCACCAGGAGCUCUCCUAUGGAGAUGCAGCCCUCCGUGUCCCCCCAGCAGUCAGAGUGCAACCCCGUGGGGGCUCUGCAGGAACUGGUGGUGCAGAAGGGCUGGCGGCUGCCCGAGUACACAGUGACCCAGGAGUCUGGGCCCGCCCAUCGUAAGGAGUUCACCAUGACCUGCCGAGUGGAACGGUUCAUUGAGAUCGGCAGUGGCACUUCGAAGAAACUGGCCAAGCGUAAUGCAGCAGCCAAAAUGCUUUUCCGCGUGCACACUGUGCCCCUGGACGCGCGAGAUGGCAACGAGGCAGAGCCCGAUGACGACCAUUUCUCCCUCGGUGCUGGCUCCCGCCUGGACGGACUUCGCAGCCGUGGGCCCGGCUGCACCUGGGAUUCCCUGCGGAAUUCCAUGGGCGACAAGAUCCUGUCCCUGCGCAGCUGCUCCCUGGGCUCGCUGGGUGCCCUGGGCCCCACCUGCUGCAGCAUCCUCAGUGAGCUGUCGGAGGAGCAGGCCUUCCAUGUCAGCUACCUGGAUAUCGAGGAGCUGAGCCUGAGUGGGCUCUGCCAGUGCCUGGUGGAGUUGUCCACGCAGCCAGCUACCGUGUGUCAUGGCUCUGCAACCACCAGGGAGGCAGCCCGGGGUGAUGCUGCCCGCCGGGCUCUGCAGUACCUCAAGAUCAUGGCGGGCAGCAAGUAGAGCCCUAGCUGGACUCACGGAUGCAUACCCCUGUGUUCCCUGGGCCCACGCCCCGGCCCCCUCGAGAGGCGCCCUCUCUACCUCGGACACAGACUGCCUGCCUCGAGGCUGGGGGACAUGGGGCUGGGACCCCACUCUUGUCCUGCAGCCGGGAACGAAGCCCAGAAGCUGGGCUUGUGCUGGAGGCCAAAUAAAUGUGCUGCUCCUUGGCGUCCUGA